ACUCCGCGUCGGCCGCCGAGCUGCUCCGACAACGCCUACUCGACGCGGACACAACCUCCCGCGGCGCCACAGCAGUGCAGCUCCCCAGCCAGCCAGUGCCGUGGCGCGCUGCAGUGCGACGCACGAACCGUCAGGACAAAGACUAGACGCGCAGGCAGCCAGUGCGGCAGGCACGGGGAUGUGGCCGUGAUGCCGGAGUUCGAGGACGUUUCCAUGGUGGCGGUAGCGGGCGGCGCCACGGCGUCCCACGCGGAGCCGGCGCCAGGCUCCAGCAACGGCGUCGCCGCUCCCCCAGACCAGGAGGCGCUGCUGCCGGCGCCACAGCCUCCAGCCAAGGAGGAGAAGUGCGGCCGUGAGGCGGCCGAGUCGGACACGCUGUGCGGCCUGGGGAGAUGGACGCCGGCGUGGCUGCAGCCGCUGGCCAGCAAGAAGGCCUACGUGCUGCUGCACGGACUCAUCGGCAUGAACACGUUCGCGCUCGGCUCCUACUUCGUCGCCACCAUCAGCACGCUCGAGAAGAGGUUCAAGAUCCCCAGCAGAACCUCAGGGCUGAUAUCGUCGGCGUGGGACAUCGGCACGAUGGUGACGCUGUUGGCGCUGAGCUACCUGGGCAGCCGCGGGCACAAGCCGCGCUGGAUCGCCGCGUGCACGCUGCUGGUGGCGCUCUCCUGCCUGCUGCGCGUGCUGCCGCACCUGCUGUACGGGCCCGGACAGGACGCGCUGCUGCUCACGCUCGAGUACGGCGCCGCCGGCGCCAACACCAGCCUCGCUCUGGCCAACGCCUCCGCCGCGUCGGCCGCGGCGGCGGUGACAGCGGUGUGCGGCAGCGCGCCCGACGCCGAGGACUGUUCCGCGGGCGGCGGCGCCUCCUCCGCCCCCUCCGCCAUCUUCUUCAUCUCGCACGUCGUGCUGGGCGCGGGCAACUCGCUGUACUUCACCCUGGGGCUCGCCUACAUGGACGACAACACCCGGAAGGACAAGGCGCCCAUAUUGCUCGCCGUGUCGCAGUGCCUGCGCAUGCUGGGCCCCACGUUCGGGUUCGUGGUGGCCUCGUACGCCCUGCGGCUGUACGUCGCCCCAGGACUGACGCCCGUCAUCGACAACGACGACCCGCGCUGGAUCGGCGCCUGGUGGCUGGCUUGGGUGCCGUUCGGCUGCGUGGCGGUGGUGCUGUCGGGCGUGCUGGUGAUGUUCCCCCGACAGCUGCCGCGCACUGCCCAGCGGCGGGCUGACGCCGGUCACCAGACGGUGGCGGGCGACGUCGCCAAGAUAUCUUUCGCAGAUUUCCGUUGCGCGUUCUCGCGGCUGAUCCACAACCCUGUGCUGUUGUUCAACACCUUCAGCGGGGUGUGCUUCAUGUUCGGAGUGAUCGGCUACUGGAUCUUCAUGCCUAAGUACAUGGAGACUCAGUUCCGGCAGUCGGCGGCUACCGCCAGCUUAAUCUCAGGUUCCGUGGGUCUGGUGUUCACGGCGCUGGGGCUGAUCACGUCGGCGCUGGUGAUCUCGCGCUGGAAGCCGCGGCCGCGCGUGCUGGCCGCCUGGAACGUCGGCGUCGAGCUCAUCGACGUCGUGGGGCAGCUCUGCCUCGCCUUCAUCAGCUGCCCGUCCGACAACCUGCAGGGCUCCUGGGGACACGACAACACGUGGAAUAUGACGUUGGAGUGCAACGCGGACUGCGGUUGCGGUCCGCACGUGAAGUACGCGCCGGUGUGUGCAGAGGGCGGCGGCGCCACCUUCUACUCGGCCUGCCACGCCGGCUGCGACAGCAGCUUCAUCAACGGAAGCACCACGGUGUACGGCGGCUGCACCUGCAUCCCUGGCAGCGGGCGCGCCGUGGAGGGCGCAUGCGCCGUGGACUGCGCCGCCAGCUUCGGCCUCUUCCUGGCGCUGCAGUGCUUCAUGAGCUUCGUCAGCUCCACCGGCCGCGCCGGAAACACCAUCAUACAGUUCAGAUGCGUGGAUGAGGCAGACAAGCCACUGGCGAUCGCCUUCGCUGAAGUACUCAUGUGUGGACUCGCUUUCAUUCCGGGGCCCAUCAUCUACGGUCUCCUGCUCGACUACGCGUGCGUGGUGUGGGGCGAGACGUGCGGCCAGAGCGGCAACUGCUGGCUGUACGACGGCACCACGCUGCGCUACCUGCUCAACUUCUUCGCCGCAGGGUUCCUGCUGUGCGGCACGGUGCUGGACGCGGGCGUGUGGUACUACGUGCGGGACCUGUGCAUCUACGACGACGACGAGGUGGCGGGUGGUGUGGGCCCCGGCGGCGCCCCCGGCCCCGCGGCGCUGGGCCGCCGCUGCAGCCGCGCCGUCUCCUUCAGCCGCGCGCUCGCCGACGAGCCGGAGCUGCCGCCAGCCAUACACUGACCGCACCGCUAGUCAGCGCAAUAAA